UCGCUCCAGUGGGGUCGUCAACGCCCGAUUGCUCCGGAUGCUCUGGCCAGGGCGAGCCAGCAAGCAUUCACAGCGACCACACAGCUGGCCACUAGUUUGCGCAGCGCUGUGCUAGCCGAGUGGAAAGAGAUCGCCGCAUACGCCCAAGCGGUUCGGGGAGUGUUCAAUGCACGUGACAAUCUGGAGAAACGAUACUUCGAUACGGUGGAGGAGCUUCGUAAUGAGACAGACAAUACAGAGAAGAGGUCGGAAAGUCGAUUUUCCGUUCUCGCGAAAUCCUAUCUUCCCUGGCGUCAACGCUCCCCAUCUGAAUUUCUGUUCCGUUUUUGCAACAUGCCAUCUUCAUGCCUCUAA